UUGAUGCUGUUGUCCACAAUACUCAAUAUCAGUGGUCUUAAGGCAUAAAUAUCUAAUACUUUUAUUUCUGUAGAAACAACUAACGAGGUUUUUAAACAGCAUCUUAACAGACAUCGCAGAGUGGAGGGGCAGCUGGCUCCCCAUUUCUCCCACCUGAAGUCUUCAAGAAGCUUCAGACAGUGGAGUCACAAAACAACAGAAUUUUUCAAGAAUGAUCCGAAGACGCAGAGAAACGCCAGUGGAUCUGCGUUUAUAUUGGAGCAAACUAAAGGCGUUUUGGAAGACCCUCUCACUCCAGAGGCAGAUGAUGGAGAAUCAGAUUAUAGCCAAAGCUAGGCAAGAUGCUCUUCAACGGAAAAUGGAGGAGAGGAGACUCCGGCUGCAGGAGGAAGCCAACAGGAGAUUUGCCACCUGUGGGAUACUGACACCAGAGGAACAAGAGCAGCGGAUGCUUUAUGCAAAUGUGCUUGAAUAUGAGCAAGAUCAUGAAUGGCCAACCAUUUGGAGAGCUAAUUUGAAAAAGAGUCCAAAUGAUCCAACACUGGUUUCAGGUCUUAUCACCUGUCUUUUCAGCUCCCCAGAUCACCCUGUCAUGAGGUUGCUGAAGAGGCUUCAAUACAGGGUGUAUAACAGACUAAACCCUACAGUGAGCCAGCGUGUUCCUCUGAGCCCAAUGCCAUGUUGCUCACUACCCUUAAAGCCCUUCCGCAGUGUCCAGAGCCUGCUACUUGCCAACAGUCCCAUCUUGCCACAGCAGCAGCGAAACCCACUCAAAUCAGCUCUUAAACACAGUUUAUCUGAUGCCUCUAUCUCCCUUUCCCACGACUUCAACGCCAAUGACACAAAGUUAGAGGCAGACCUGAACGAGCCCCAGACUCUAGUUGCUACAGAUAGGGAGAAUUAUUUUGAAGAUCUGGAUAAUGUCCUUACUCAGCUGGACUGUGAUCGUUCUUACAGUGGUGCAGACACAGACUGCGAUGUGACUUUAGACUCAACGCACAUAGACCUAGAGACUCCUAUUCAAGAUCUUGAGGAGCAUGCUCAACAAGAACAAGAACAUCUGAAGGCCAUAGUCAAAGACAUCCACAAUGCUAUUGAUUGCCUGCUGUCUCUAUGUCUUUUGUCCUUUGAAUGUCUCAACACUGCAAGUUCUAAAGACCAAUGUGUGGCAAGUAUAGAGGAAGUCUUCUUCACACCUAUUUGGCGCCCUCUGUUGGCACUUUUCAGGAAGGUGCAUCAAGAACGGGUGUUGGCUGUUGAGAGCAGCAUGCAUCUUUAUCACAAUGUUUCACCAGGUGAUGUUGGUAUAGCAUCCAAAUUGUUCCCCAGAGACCCUGCUGUUCUGCACGGUUCCUACCCAUAUGAGUCAGCAGUACAGGAGCUGAGACGUCUAUGUAAAGACUAUUGUCCACAGAAGAAACUGGAUUGUAUAGUGCGAACCCUACGAAUUAUCUGUGCUUGUGCUGAAGAGUACCGCCUCCUGCAAGAAAAUGUCCCUCCACCCAAAUCAUCAGCCAUUGGGGCCGAUGACCUGCUGCCCAUUCUGGCGUUUGUGGCUUUACGCAGUGAAAUGCCUCAGCUAGUCUCUGAAUGUGCUGCUUUGGAAGAGUUCAUCAACGAGGGGUAUCUGAUCGGAGAGGAGGGUUACUGCCUGACGUCAUUGCAGAGUGCGCUGACCUAUGUGGAGUCAUUGUUCUUGGGUGGGAUGCCACCCCUGGCUGCCAAACCCUCAUGAUGUGCCCUAGCUAGUAGAGAUUUCCAUUCAUCUUGAUGGAGCUCAAACUGGAUCAGCUCAGGGUCAGCUCUUCUGCUUAGCCUGUUUAUUCCCAGGCCUUCCCAUCCUGCAGUUCUGUUAAAAUCUUCCUUGCAUACCGUUCUGCACUCUGAAAGGACUGCUGACUGGUUUAGGCACUACAAGGAACGUUCAUCAGAAUUUGAUUAGAACUGAAAUCUGUGUUGUAGCCAAGGCAAAAAAGAAAAACCCUUUUAUAUGAGACUAAAUAGGGAUGAAAUAAACCAGAUGAUAUGAAGGGACUUGUGGAAAGGUAAUGCUAGGUUAUUCUAAACGGAAUGAGCUCUAAUUACAUGCUUUUUAUCUUCUAGUACCAUUGAAUUUUGUGUUGUUAGAACAGUAUUUCCCAAAGCAUUUUACAAAUUAUAUGGGAGACACAAGCACUACUAGCAGUAGGCAUCCUGCAACAACAUAUUUAUUAAUUAAUAUACAAUAUUAAAAAUAGAGCAGCACUAAUUUGUUUUUGCUUUUUUAUAUAUAUUUUUUGUCUUAUUAUUUUAGCUUAGAAUUUUAGCCUUCGUUUAAACCUAACUGUGUUGGAAAAUAAUUAUGUUUGAAUGGAUGAUCAAAUUGUUUAUGGGCCUACCUAAAUUGUUGAAACAAUUCCUGUAUUCGCAAAAUUUGUAUACUCUUAGCUGUAUAUUUCUCUUGCAAGUCAAUAUACUACUAUGCAUCAUGCUUGUGUAUGGUUCUUGCCAAGUAGGCUUUAGAGCUUUUAUAUAUUUUUAAUUAACCUGAAGUUAUUUAAAUGCUUUUCACUAAAGUGAGGUUUGAAAUCAAUGUGAAAAAAAGUUUGGAUAUGCCAAGAAAUGCUCAUGCUGCUGUAGCAUCUGUCUUAUGUAUAAUGUUACUUAUGUGAGAGGAUUUUGAGUAUAUAAUAGCAAUAAUGAUUUUGUAUAAAAGCAUAAAUAUAUAUUUGUUUUGUAAUGUAUGCAAUGUAUGCAAUGUUUUCUUGCUGUAAAUCUGUAAUGUGAAUUAUAAUCUGAAUUCAUCCAAAAUCGCCUCGGUGCCGGAGAGACAGAAACCAUGUAUUUUCUACCAAGAGAAUCUAACUAGAAUUUGUCUCUGAUCUGACAGGUCUUUGGGAGUGCAUGGCAUGUGAAUUUUCUAAUAAUAAAGACUAUGU